GGCUACAUUUUGUAGUUCUUCCUCUAUAAACAAUAUGCAGCCAGGUUCGGGUCCUGCAGAUGUGAACGAGGAGGACAAUCCAUCUGAAAAUGUGAUUGCACAAAUAUCACAGUUUGCUGACGAUAACCUAACGUUUGUCCGGAACAUCAGCACUUGCCUUGGUCUAGCGGGUCUUCUCAUCUUAGCGAGGAGCAUUAGACUGAUUACAAAAUUUGGCUCCGCUGCUGAUAUUCCAGCACGAUUCAUCGAGAGAAACAUCAGUGUCAGAGGAAGACUUAGAAACAUCACAGAAAAAGGGCUUGAAGUGGAACACAUUCCAAUUUAUGUUCCUUUGCUCAGUCGCCUACUUACUAAACCAGGUCAGCCCGUGACCCUUCUGGAUGUGCGUCUGGCUGGAGUGGAGCUGACCUCGGAAGGGCAGGACUGGAUUGGUCAACAGCUGAAACCAGCUGAGACGGUGUGGCUCCGACUGAUCGCCCGACAGAACGAGACCCUCCACUGCCUAGUGUCAGUUAACAGGGGCUUAUUCUUUAACACCUGUGUGAAUGAGGAACUUUUGAGGCGUGGAUUGGCUAGGACUUCUCCUUUUGUGGGUCUGGACCCUCACUCUCGGAUCUACUGGCAUCUCUAUAAGCGCUUUCUGAGGGCCGAGAGCAGAGCAGAGAAGAAAGGGAAAGGCCUGUGGAAGGAAGAGAGUCGCUGGGAGAGAGCUGCUAAUGUCUUGAAGAAUAAUAUGCUGGUGAUUUCACUUAAGAAACUCUUCAAAUGGACAUCAUGGACUAAAGAGAAGUGAAAUAUUCCUUAGUAUUCAGAAGUUAUUUUGUUUGAAGUAUUUUAUAAAGUAUUAAUUGUAAAUGUGGUAUGUUGCUGAUCUCAGACCUGAACUUAAUGGAUAAGGUAAGCAGCAAUUAAACUUGAAAUGAUUCAAAUCUCUGUGUUUUUCUGCUUACUUUUACUUUGACCGUUGAAGAAUAUAUCUCUUCACAUAUUUCCCUGUUUGCUCAACAUGAAGACAGACAUUUCGAACACAUUGCAGUGUUGUAUAAUCCAUCACAUUAUUCAUGCUGUCCUACACAUGUACUGGUGGACACCAUCGUUAUAUUCCUGACAUCCGGAAAGCCUUUGAACUCCUCCCUGCUCCCAUAAAUCCAUAUCCCACAGACCUCUCGGUUUUCUCUUUCCCGGGGAGGUGGGGGAGUGCUUUGUCACGAU